AUAAAUUGUAUAUUUGAACAUUCAAAAGCGAAUCAAACUAAUAGUAUUACAAGAUAAUGAUACUUUUUAAAAUUUGAGAUGUGUAGCACAUUCUGGGUCCGCUUCUAAUAAUAAGAAACAGUUUCGUAGUAAGACUUGUGUUGUAUCCAAGUCAACUUCCGUGUAAUCCGGCUUCAAAGAACAUAUUUAUGUAUAACAAAUUACAGUAACAAUUAUGAAACAAAUUGUGAAACAUAAUUCGAUGUCUUUCGUUUAUGCAGUAGUACAUCAUAGUUUCCUUUUGUUCUCUCAUUCAACUCUACUACUGUUAAUUAUCUCAACUAACAAAGGAAAUGGACACAGUGAUGAUUGUCCAGACUCAUUUGAUUGUGGAAAUCUUGGAUUUCUUCGCUCCCCUUUUACGAAGUUUGGAUUCCCAAACUGUGGUGCAUUGGCAAUUCAUGGUUGCGAUGAUGUUAACCAAACUUCUAUGAAGCAUGUACAGUUAACCAAAGGAGGAAAACUCUUUCAAGUUACAAACAUUGCUUAUGACUCAUCCAAGGGAAACACUAUUUCCAUUAUUGACCAGAAUUUCAACCACCUUUUGAUGAAAAGUGCUUGUGAAGUCUUCACCUAUGUUAAUAUUAUCCUCCCUUCACCUUCUCCUUUUGGAACGUUUUAUAUGAAAGACAACAUAACUGCUUUCAAAUGCAACCGUACCCAAAAAUUAGUCACCAAUCCUCCAAAUAAUUUCUUCAAGAACAGCUCUUGUCCAAAAUAUGAUUUUUAUUUCGGUGACUCAAUAUCCGAUGGUGAGUCCAAUCGCUCUUUCUCGACGUGUUUUUUGCUUUAUCUUCCUAUCGUUGAGUUAGGCUUUGCACUUUCUGGAAAUCCAUUUCCAUUCUUAGUUCAUGAAAUUACCUUUAAAUUUCAACCUUCCGAUGAGUGUGAACGGUGUCACCAUGAUGCAAAAGGUCAUUGUUAUGCUCGCAACAACAGACAAAUUUAUUGUGCAAGGAAACAUAGAAGUCCUCCAUCUUGGAAGCUUCCAUUGGUUUUAGGAGUCGGUGUAGGACCAUGGAUCAUAGUUGGAUUGUUCCUCACGCUACGGUAUUUCAAACGGAAAUAUGACUCUGCAUGCAUCCAACUCCAACCAAGUAACAACGCUUUUGUUGAUCCUCAUCCAAAUCGUGAAUCAGAGUCAAACAAGCUCUUCUUUGGUAUACCUGUCUUCUCUUAUGAAGAGCUUCAACAAGCAACAAACAAUUUCGACAGCACUAGAACGCUAGGAGAUGGAGGUUUUGGCACUGUGUACUACGGGAAACUCAAAGAUGGAAGGGAGGUAGCUGUGAAAAGAUUAUUUGAGCACAAUUACAGGAGAGUAGAUCAGUUUGUGAAUGAAAUUGAAUUACUCGCUCGCUUGCGCCAUAGGAACCUGGUGUCCCUCUAUGGCUGCACUUCGCGUCACAGUCGCGAGCUACUCCUUGUAUAUGAAUACAUUCCAAAUGGAACCGUUGCUAGCCAUCUCCAUGGUGAUUUAGCUAAGACCGGUUUGCUGACAUGGCCUAUUCGAAUGCAAAUUGCAAUAGAAACUGCUUCUGCGUUGGCUUAUCUACACGCUUCUGACAUCAUUCAUCGAGAUGUCAAAACCAACAACAUUCUACUUGACACUAACUUUUCUGUUAAGCUAGCAGAUUUUGGACUGUCGAGGUUGUUCCCGAACAAUGUCAGCCAUGUUUCCACUGCUCCACAAGGAAGUCCGGGUUACCUUGACCCUGAAUAUCUCCAACUCUACAAGCUCUCAGUGAAGAGUGAUGUGUAUAGUUUUGGUGUAGUGCUCAUCGAGCUAAUAUCGAAUAUGACAGCAAUUGAUUCUGCUAGAGAAAAAGAGGAAAUAAACUUGGCGAAUCUAGCGGCUAAAAAGAUAAGAAAAGGUGCAAUUGGGGAGCUGGUUGAUCCAUCACUUGGGUUUGAAUCAGAUAGUGAAGUUAAAAGGAUGGUAUCUUCAGUGGCUGAAUUGGCUUUUCAGUGUGUGCUAGGAAACAUGGAGUUGAGACCUUCCAUGGAUCAAGUUCUGCAAGAACUCAAGAAAAUUGAUGGUGGGAAUUUUGAGUUUGUUCAUCUAGAGAAAAUGCGUGAUUUUGUCGAGUCCUCGCGCUCGGAAGAAAUACACCCAUCAUUAAAUGAAACUUCUUUGAAUAAAAAGCAAGUAUCUUCUUCACCAAAGUCAUUGACUGAGAAAUGGGAAAGUGAAUCUACUACUCCCCAUGCCAGUGGUUAAUCAUCUUUUCUUAGAAUAGUUAUCAUUCUUUAUGUUUUGAUAAAAUUAAGAAUAUUUACCAGAGUUUUUUACUCUACAAUGUAGAAUCAGGUUAAAGUAAUGAGUGUUGUACAUGCUUCAAAAGGACUAAAAAAAGGUAAGAGAAUAUAUCUCAACUCCCAAGGGUUAAGAAAAUUUAUGCGACAACAUUGUUAUUUGAAAAUCAAAAUCCAAAAACAACACAUUGAAACCACUAUUUAUGUCCAUCACUAUCUCCACUGUCUACUGGCGGGGUUUAAUUGAAGUCAUAAUAUAAUCUGACCUAAUACAAACAUUAUUUGCAUCUAACGAGAUUCAAACAUAAAACUAUACAAAAAUUAUUUGCAUCGAGUGCGAUUCAAACAUAAAACUUUAAGAGGA